CUGCUAUUAAUAUGUUGUAGUCACUGGUAAACAAACAAAUCCUGGUUUAACAAAUUUCCAUUUUCAUCUUCAUAUAUGCUAUAUAUAAUUCUGUGUGAUAUAUUUUUUUAAACAAAUGAAAUAUUAAAAUGGAAUAAGAUAUAUUUAAGUCUACUGGUAAUUUGCACUAAAAGGGCUGUAUAUGAACAAAUUCAAACUUUAUUGAAAUAUACUGUGAAUUAAUUUUUGAUGCUUGUUACAGAUGGCGGGAUCCAAAACAGUUUGUGAUUUUUGUAGAGAAGGUGAUACAGAAGCGUCAGACUUGUGUGGAAAACUUCACAUAGAAAAAAUCACUGAUGGUAAAGUAGUUGCUGCCCACCAUAAAUGUAUGCAAUAUUCAGCUGGCCUUAUCCAGUAUAAAUUUGACCAUUUUGGAGGAUUCAAAAUUGAAAAGGUCCAAGCUGAAGUCAAAAGAGGAAGACAUCUCAGAUGUUACUUAUGUAGAAAUGAUAGAAAACGAAAGAAUAAAGGCAAGUGCAACCGUGCGACAUCAGGAUGUGCUGUCAAGAAAUGCCACAAGUCCUUUCAUUAUUAUUGUGCCAAAAAAAGUAAACAAUGCAUUACAAAGAGAAUGCUUGUUCGCUAUAAACUCUCAGAUGAGGAGAAAGUUUUGUACAGAGUCUUUUGCUCUCCGGAGCAUGAAAGCUAUUUCAAGCAACAUAAAGAGGACCUGGUCAAAUCCAACACAAGUCCAGGAACUAGUGGAACAGACAGUGAUGAACCCUCAGAUGAUGAUGAUGAGGAGGGGGAGGAUGAGGAGGAUGACAAUGAUGAGGUGGAGGAGGAAGAAGAUGAUGCGAAAGAAAAUGAAUUGAGUGAAACAAUUGAUAUGGAUCAAAAAGAUGUGCUGAUGACAACACUAUAUAGCCCAUCUCCAAGGAAAGACAAUCCUGACCUUGAGAAUGCAUUAGGUGACCUUGAACCCGUUGAUCAACAGAACUCUGAAGACUGGCAGCCAGCAAUUGUUUCAGUAGAAAGUUUGACCCAUGGCGUGAAAUUAGGUGACAAGAUUUGUACCCCAAUUAAAUUGCUUUCUAAAGCAACAACUUCUGAUGAUGAGGCUCAAUCUGACCCCGUAGUCAUGGAAACAAGAUCAAAUAACAGCAGUACGAUCAAAGCUGGAAAAAGUAAUGCAGCAGUAGAGAAGUCAGUGCUGAGCACAAGAAAAGAGAAUGGAAUUCAGAGUAAAAAGCUGACAUUCAAUGAGAAAGAAGGAAAGAGUGAGAGAGAAGGCAAAAGCAGAAAUUCUGACAGAUCCAGCCAAAGUGAUUGUCAAGAAUUUAGAAGUCCAUCUAGUCAAGGAGGAGGUGAUGAUACUUUUACAACAGACAAACAUUAUCCAGACUGCGUGGUCGUGAUCCCCAACACCCUACCAUGUGACGAGAAGAUGAAAAGGAAGAUAGAGAGACAGAUAGGAACUAUAUCCAGGGUGGUGUUUUGGCCUAUAGUGAAGGAAGGCUUAGACUUGAGCAAAGAACACAUGCCAUAUAUAAUGAAUGAUAUUGUCACUUGUUUAAGUGAUAAUAAAUCUGAUGUGGUCCAGAUACUCACAGAUGAUAACCAUCUGAAGUCUCGUCUCCUUAUACACAAGUACGCCUUGGAUCUUCACAAGAAAUUGGAAAAGAUGAUGACUGAAGCUUUGCUGGAAGCACUCAUGAAAUCUAUAGAAGACAUGAUUAGAAAAAUUAACAACAAAGAUAUUUGCCAGCUACUUACAGCAGAAGAUGGUUUGAAAGCCUUAGCAGUUUUUGUUGACAACGGGCUAGAUCCAAAUAACAAACUACGAUCUUCAUUGGGUAUUGAAGAGAUUUCUAGUUGUUGCCUUCAUUUGUUGUCAGGCAGAAUACCUCACCUUGGUUCAUUAUCUGUUCAACAGCAAGAGAAAGAGUCAUGGAGUCUUAAAGAUUGGAUAAACACUUGUAUGAUAGACUCUUGUGUACAACAGCCUUUGAAGGUGCUGCUUUUUCCAGAAGAGACUUUUAUUCUAGAUACAACAGUACAUUCGGUGGCUAACACUGUGGCCCUACAACUUUGUAAGGGGCGGAAUGAUGACGAGCCAGCAUCAUCAAACCAGAUGACUGUGAUAUGCAUUCGUCGUAUGAUCCCAGGUGUUGUAAACUUCAAAAAGUUCUGUCACAAAUGUAUUGUGAAUUACCUCGAAAUCCCUUUUACCAGACCGGUUGUGUUCGUUCUAGACAUUGUGAACGGGGAAUUUGAAAAUGUAGACGACUUCAUGCCAGAUGUCGAGGAGGUAAAAAAUAUCUACAAAGUUGAUGUGUACACACCCGGCCCACCGUCCGAGACAGUUUCCUCAGUACUUCUACACUUCUACAGAGAUUGCUCUCCACGGAAAAAAUGUACCAGGAAAUCCAAUGCCAUGAAAUCCCCAGAAUUAACGGUGAAGAACGGAGUACCGAAGAAGAGAACUCGCGAUGAAAGUCCAGGUUGUGGCAGCUCACCAUCAACUUCAUCUAGCCUUUCUCACACUUGUAAUUUCCGGCAAAGCCCGAAGAAGAAGCGCACAGCUUAGUCCAAAGAUAUCCUGAAAUCCGCAGCAUCAAGCAAGACAAAACAGCAGCAAGACAACCAUAAUUUCACAUCGAAAAGAAAUUUCAGUAUUAUAUAGAUUUUUAGUGAGCCAAAUGGAAAAGGAAGUCAUCUUCGGUUUUGACAGUUGAAUUUAGUUACCACUCUUUCAUGUUCACCGAGAGUUCUUCCUAUUAGAUCUUUCAUGGAGUUCAUAAGUAAAUUGCCCUUGUUAUCAAAUUGUGAAAGGGAAAAGGGGAAAGACAAAAGUAAAGAAAAGAUUAGUCUUAUAUGAAAUCAGUAAAUAUCAUGCAAUUGUGGGCUCCAUUUAAGAUCCCUCUGUUGUGAUUGAUGAUUCUGACUCUUUAAAACAUUUUGCAGAUUUUAUUUAUUUGUUUUUUCCUUGGUCAGGAUAUCAAAAUUGAUUUAUGGCAUGAGUAUAAUGAACUGUUGAUUAUAAUUGUUGGUAGCAUUCAUGGCCGCAAGUAAUGAAAACACAAAGGUGCUGAAUUGAUGAUGACCAUUUAUGUUGUAGUACAUUACCAAAUUAAUAGCAUGGCCAGGAAGAUUAACAAUUCAAAGAGAAAAGAAAUGCCAUAAUCUAGACCUUUACACUAGAGACACAUCAUACUUCAAUUACGAAAGAAUCCAAAUGAAGAGUGGUUAUUAUUAGGGAUCAUGAUCAGCCUGUAGGUAUGUUAUAACCAAAAAUCGUCCUUGCUCUGUCGACUUCAUAAGUUAUCCAAUUCUCCUGAAACUCAGUACACUUCCUCACAGCCAUUAUCUCUUAUACAAUGAUGUGCACUACGGCCAAUAUUGAGGACAUUGUUACUAUAAAUAGGUUUUCGAUCUCAUCACUCUUCAGACUUCCUGAAUCGUCAUAAGCUUAAAAACAAUCAUCUCUUGUGGAAAAUAAGCCCAACACCUGAUUUCCAAUGAAUUGUUAUAGUUAUUGCAGGAGAUAUAUUAUAUCAAACAACAGAUAUAUAAUUGAUAAAACUAGGAUAAGGAGAUUAUUUCUAUUAAUCAAAAUGAUUUGAUAUUAUAAAAGAGAUUAUUUUUCAUUGCAAGGAGAUUCAUAUAAUUUGUGAUACUUUGUUUACUUUCCAAUACUUGAUUAUUUUAUACUCUAAAUGUUCUUGCAUCCACAUGUUUUCUUUCUAAUGAUAUUUGAUUUAUUUAAGAGUUAAAAAAAAACAUCGAAGAUAUGUUUUAGACAAUCCUGACUGGUAAUAUUGUUUCCAAGAAAUUAUUUGGCCAAAAAUUGUCCAGGUAUUUCCUGUUCAGCUGCUACAUUUAUUCAACAAAUGUUGGUACAUUUAUCCGAAUUCUAUUUGCCGAGGGGUAUAUAUGUAUAUAUAUGUAUAAUUGUUCAGAAAGUUAUGCUUCAUUGCAUCCCUUUUAUUCCUCCAGAUUGUUGUCAUCAUCUUUAAUAUUUGUCUUCUCUUAAAUGGCGAAUUUAAGAUUUAGAAUAAGCGCUGAUCCAGUGUAAAUUAUCCCUAGAACAAUGGUUCAAGGUAACCAGUAUAUUUUGGUUUCAGUAAUCCUCUUUAAUCUGAUACUGAUUAUACAGGAAGAGGUUGUGUUUUGUUUAAUUUGGUCAUAAACUUAUGAAAACGAAAUUCACGUUAAAACACAAUUGUCACUUUUGACAACUGAUUGUGUUAAAAUACUUUGACUACCAAAUACAUAUAAAAAGACAAUAUCAAGUUGGGUUUUAAGCCCAUUUUUCCCCUUUAUUCUCAUUUAUUGCAAAUAUCUUUUUCAUGGAUCUUACCUGCAAAAAGGUACCUGCAAAAGUUAUCUGAAAAAAUGAAGGAAAUAUUACAUUUGUUCAUGUAAUUUGGUUGAAUUUAUGUCAGUAUUUUUUUAUUUUUUUUUGUGGUUCACAUGCCAAGUAGGCAUUUUUAACUUCAAAAACAGUUGAAAUGAUACAGAAUUUUUUUCAUUUUUUGAUUUGAAAGUAUUAAGAUUUCUUUUUUUAUAUGUUGAUUUAAAAGUGGAAUGUGCAUGUCUUUUUUAAUGGAAUUUAUAAAUUACUUCCUACAUACUCCAGGUUGAAUAGUUAGGAAGAUAAACUGAUGAAUAUUGAUAAAUGAUUAGCGAUAAUCUUGUAUGGAGACCCAAAAUACAUGGAUGGAUUUCUUAUCGCAUGUUAUGUUGAUGAGUCAAUAAAGGGUAAGGUUGACAAUACCCAUCCUCUAUACAAAAGGACAAACAUAUGCACAAUGGUAUUUAAAUAUAAUGAAUUAGAGAAGAUUAUCAGAUAUCCAGUGUAUCAAGCAGGAUUACAUCUUUACAGCUAUUGUAUUUGAAAUAAUCGAAUGAUUACGAUGCUGAUAGUGUAUAUUGGUUCACCGAAGAUUUGAUAACAGUAUUGAUUGGUCUUUUUAAUUUGUAGAUACAUGUACAUGCAAUUUAAAAAAUGAUUACCAUUAUACAUUUACUGCAGCUAUGCAUUUGUUUUUUUAUUUUAUAUAACAUAUGUUGAUGUUGGUCUUCCACUUGGUCAUGUAUCAGGAUGAUAAGCUGAUACACUGCUUCUCAGGAAAUUUAUAGAAAUAGCAUCGACAAUUUAUAUAUCCAUCCACAUGUUAUAACACCAACAAAUGAAAACACAAUAGCGUUAAAAAAACUAUCGUUUAUAAGACUGAGAUUUGCCUAUGAGCCGGAGAACAAUAGAUUUCUUUUUAGCUGCAGUAUAAUAUUUGGUCACUUUGAAAAUAACGGAUGAAAAUGCUUCCCAAAACUUUUGCAUGUGUAAAGUAUGAAACAUAAUAAUCCUAUUCUUGUUCCAAUCGAUCAUUAUUACCCUGUGUCUGGAAUAUUAAUGUAGCACCCGAGGUGACUUUUUCAGCACUAGAUAUAAAUUGGCAGAAGACCAACAUUCCUUACUGAAUAUGGUUAACCGGUAACACCAUGUUAUUAAAUUUGCUGGUUUUCUUUUACCUAAAACAGCAAUAGCUCGGUAGAGUGAGUCACAUUUAUUUUCAUUUGCCACAAAAAAAAAAAAAAAAAACUUCAACAAAAGACAAACAAACAAAAAGGACCAUUAGAUGCUUUUUGACAGUUCAUGGUUUGUAAGAAACAAUGCCAAAUGUAGGAGUCUACAUGUAUAUGUAUUUGCUGCCAUUGUUGGCAAUAGGAUUGUUUGAUUUAUAUUUAGUGACACAGAAAAUUGAUACAUGAUUGUCACCUGAUUUGUACAGCAAAAAUAUUGAUACAUACAGUAAGUAAGCCAUGCUGUUUAUUUCUGUGGUCAUCUUUAUAAUGCCUUGAGAUGAUGAAACAUUCCAUUGAAGAUAAUGGUUGUCUGUCAUUAAAUCAAACAAUGGAAUUUCUUCAAUAUUUGUAAAUGAAAAUGAAAGUCUGAAGAAGAUUUAUAGGUUUUUUAAAUACAUUUUACAAAACCAUCUGCAAAUUUAAAUUUAAUAAAGGCAAUAUGUAGGGGCUUUACUGUAUUUGAUAAAUAUCAAAUUAAAAUAGAUGAACAAAGAAUUAACAUUUCACCAUAUGUGUUAACCCUUCAAUAAAUUUUCCAUUAAAGGUAA